UUUAAAAACUGGUUUUGUGUCCGAAUACUUUCACCUCUCUCUCUCUCUCUCUCUCCUCAAAACGCUAUCGAAGAAAAAAGCUAUUUGUUCUGUUUCGAAAGGAAGAGAAAAAGAAAAAAAAAACUCAGUGCUGAGAGUCUUGAGACAGUGAGGCUUUGGUAAGACAACGAGAAGUUUUUGCGGUGGAAGAGACCUAACAAUGGGAGAAGAUGAUUCAAAGGCAGCCGUUGAGCCAACAGCAACAGAGUCUAGUUCUCUGGAAAAGACAUCAGAGGCUGUGGCAGGAAACAAGGAGGAGGAGGAGAAUGCUGGAGGUAAGGGAACACCUGAACUUAAGAAAGAUGAGGAGAUGGCUGAACCAGAGAAACUGGAGAUAGAUGCUGAGACUGAAAAAGCAGAAGAAGAUGUUGCGGUCACCAAAGAUGAGGGACAAGCAGAGGCGACCAGCAUGGAAGAAGAUGCAGAUGGAAAGAAAGAGAAAACUGAUGAUGGUGUAUCUGGAGGUGGUACAGUUGAAGAUGCUGUUAUGGAGGAGAAUGUGGAAUCUAAAGACAGUGACAGUGCCAAAGCUGAUGAAAAGCAAGAGACUGGAGAGGCGGACGUUACUGAAACAGACAACAAGAAAGCUGGGAAAGAAUCAGAGGGGGACGUAAAAGAUGAAGGUGAAAAAGCAAACGGAACAAAACAAGGGAAUACAGGAGACAUCAAGGAGGAAGAGAAGCUGGUAGAUGGAGACAAAGAGACAGAAAAGAUCGAGGAGGUUGAGACCGUGGAUGAAAAGAAAAAGGAGGAUAAUGAGGAGGAUAUGAUUGAGGAAGGAAAAGAAGAGGAAGGUAAGGAAGAAGAUAAAACAGAAGAAGUUGAAGUGGCGAAGGAAACUGUGGAAGAUGAAGAAGAAGCAGAAGGAAGUAAGGAUGAGAAUGGCGAUGACAAAGUGGAGACCGGUGAUGACAAGGAAGAUGAUAAGGAAGAUGAAAAAGCCGAGAGCGGUGAUGACAAGGAAGAUGAUAUGGAAGCUGAAAAAGCUGAGAGCGGUGAUGACAAGGAAGAUGAGAAAGAAGAGAGCAAGGGUUCUAAGAAACGUGGGAAGGGAAAGGCUCGUGAGAAGACAAAAAGUGAGGCAGAGAAAAAGGAUGCAGAACCGAAGACUCCUUACUCUGACCGCCCAGUGCGUGAGCGUAAAUCUGUUGAGAGGCUUGUCGCAGUGAUUGAUAAAGACUCUUCCAAGGAGUUCCAUAUUGAAAAGGGGCAAGGUGUAUAUCUCAAAGAUAUUCCCAGCGUUGCAUACAAGGUAACUAGGAAGAAGUCGGAUGAAAUUCUGAAGGUGCUACACCAAAUUCUAUUUGCGAGGAGAGGGAAGGCUGCUCAGAUCAAGACAAACAUAUUGGGCUUCUCAGGCUUUGUUUGGCAUGGAAAAGAGGAAAAGGCAAGAGAGAAGAUAAAAGAAAAGCUUGAUAAAUGUAACAAAGAGAAACUGUGGGAGUUCUGCGAUGUGUUUGACAUUCAUGUUUCCAAGGCUACAACAAAGAAGGAAGAUAUUAUUACGAAACUGAUUGAAUUUUUGGAGAAACCUCAUGGGAAAAGUGACGUUCCGGCUAAUGAGAAAGAUAAGUCGAGUACUGGAGCAAAGCGCAAGAGAACUCCCAAGCAAAGCUCGUCUGCAGCAGGGAGUUCAUCCUCCAAACGAUCGGCCAAGAGCAAACGAAAGUCUGGAGAAGGAACAAAGGCUGCCAAAAAGAUUUUAGCUGAUUCUGAAGAUGAGUCUGAAGAGGAGAAAGAGGAAGAAGAGAAAGAGGAGAAUGCAGAUGAGGAAAAGGAGAACGAAAAUGGUAUUCCUGACAAAUCCGAGGAUGAGGCACCUCAGCCUUCUGAAAGCGAGGAGAAAGAUGAGCCUGAGGAGGAUUCUGAGGAAGAAACGCCAAAGAAGAAGAAGCGUGGUUCGAAAGUGUCAGCUGGGAAGAAAGAAUCAGCAGGGAGAGCUAGAACCAAGAAAGCGGCGGUUGCUGCAAAAUCCAGCCCACCUGAGAAAGUUACACAGAAGCGAUCAUCAGCAAAACGAAAGAAGACUGACGAUGACAGUGAUGCAAGUCCAAAGGCAUCUUCUAAGAGGAAGAAGUCUGAAAAAGUUACCAAGGCCUCGGCUCCUUCAAAGUCUUCUGCUUCAAAAGAGAAGCCAGAAGUAAAAAGUGCUGGAAAAGGGAAAGAGAAAACCAAAGGGCCAAGCGAUAAAGUGCUGAAAAAAGCAAUCGUUGAGAUUUUGAAAAGGGUGGAUUUUAAUACGGCUACAUUCACGGACAUCCUCAAAGAACUUGCUAAGGAGUUCAAAGAAGAUCUCACCCCAAGAAAGUCCUUUAUAAAGCUGAUGAUCCAAAGUGAGCUCACCAAAUUAGCAGAAGAGGUUGAUGAACAAGAGGAAGAGGAGGAGAGGAAAGAAGAUGAUGCAGAGAAGGAGAAAGCAGGAGGGUCUGCUGGUGCUGAGGAGGAGAAGAAAGAAGAUGAUUCAGAGAAGGAAAAAGCAGGAGUGGCUGCUGGUACUGAGGAGGAGAAGAAGGGAGAUGAUGCAGAGAAGGAGAAAGCAGGAGGGUCUUCUGUUGCUGAGGAGGAGAAGAAAGGAGAUGAUGUCGAGAAGGAGAAAGCAGGAGGGUCUGCUGUUGCUGAGGAGAAGAAGAAAGGAGAUGAUGCAGAGAAGGAGAAAGCAGGAGGCUCUGCUGUUGCUGAGGAGGUGAAAGCCUAAACUCCUUUACUGAUCACAUGGCACAUACCGAGACUCUCUCUCUCUUUCUCUAGCCUACCAUUUAAAUCACAAGAAACUGUUGCCUGAUGCCUAGUAGUCAGUCAUCUCUGGCAAAUGAAUAAGUUAAAAAACUGUGGAUGUAAUAUUUUGUUGUUGUUUUGUUUCGAGUCUGGACCAGCUUUACUUUUGGUAGAGACAAAGAGGAAGUGUAGGUGCUUGCUUGCAUAGCCAAAGGAUAGGGUUGCUUGUAUGUCUACAUUACCAUUUAGCAUAAAAGCCUCCUUGGAUUUGUCGUUUGA